AUGUCGUACUACAAUAGAUUCAAAAAUCAGCGAAAUAAUACGCCCCAGACAGACUCCGGUGGAACCGUUGACGAACCAGAUGCCAUUUUCGAGUUGGGUAAGAACAAAAGAGUCACAGUUCGGCAGUUCCGAAACAUGAAUCUGAUUGAUAUUCGGGAGUACUACGCAGACGCUGCUUCGGGAGAAAUGAAGCCGGGCAAAAAGGGCAUAUCUUUAACGGAAGAGGUGUACGAUGAGCUAUUGAAGCACCGUCAGAAUAUUGACGACGCAUUGCGCAGAUUUGGAUCCAAGAGGCCCAGAACAAAGACUGUCAAUGUUCUUUCUGAUAACGAGGAUUCGAACAUGGAUAUGGAAGCCACCAUGAAACGCUCUUCAAAUAUUCCGGAUUCUAAGCCGAGUCGGGCUGAAAAGCCCAGAAAGGAGCGCAAGAAGAAAGCUCCUGCGCCACCGCAGGCACAGCCAGAUGAGAAGAGACGUAGGAUUGAUGAACUAGAGGCCAAAGCACAACUUGUGAUCCCAGGUGGAGCACGCGUGCAAGCAUCGGGCACUGAACAAUCAACUCAAAAAGUGGCAAACAAGAAGAGCAUCGACAAUAGCAACCCAAGGCUUGACGAUAUACCCAGGCUGCCUGCCAUCAGCAACCCACGACUUGACGACCAUUUGCAUAAACUAACACCCCCCACAAAACCAGAGAACGAUUCCGGCCUUGAUUCGAGCGACGAAGACUUUGCAUUGGCAUUAGAGUCGGAAUUUAACAAGAACGAAGAUCACAGUGCAGUAGAGCAGGAUCUGGAUGAUGGCAACAUAAGUGAGGAAUCGUGA